AUGCCCACGGCAAAAUUUGGAUCCAGUGCCAUUGCCCCGAGACCAUCUUCAAACGAGGAGAAGGAAGCGGGUCGAGCGCUUUGUGGACAACUGUUGUGGCCACCAGCAACACCGAGUCUGCCAUCCCUAUUGCAGGGCUCUACACAUAUACCAGCUCCGCUUGCAGCGGCACUUCGCAGACGCGAACCCAAAGUCCUGGUGUUUCGAUGUUUUCUCCUUCUCCUACGCGCGAAGGACAGCUCAGCUAAUGCAUACACAGAUGUGCUGCUGAGAUUGCGAUCCUUCGGCUUUGUGGUGCGGGAUACCGCUCUACUGAAAGAUGAGAUUGCAAAUACGUCACGUCUGCUGGUAUUGAUGCAGCCGCCAGGGCCGCUUUCGCUGGUGCAACUUGUAGAAGUUGUUAGAGAACUCGACAGCCUGGAAGUAUCUGUUCGGCUACAGCCCCAUCUACCAAUUCACCGAUUUCAAGAUGACGAGGAGACGAGGCAGUUGUGUAUCCGUCAUUGGUGUCAAAACCAGUUGGACUGCUAUCGCUUCUUCCCGCACUUCUUUCAAGCACACACUCGUUUGCUGAUUUUCCCGACGACGACAACAGACGAGGUGGAGAAGCUUUGCCAUCACUUGCUGCUUCACGGUUUUGCAGUCCUGGGAGUAGCUCAUCCAGUGAAUGAGAAGACACCCAAGGCUGAUGCUGCGGUAGUGGUACGAGGAAUCGGAAUUAUCCCAGUCUGGAUUCCCAUCAAUCAGGUGGCGGCUCUAAAACGAGCAUCAAUUUCCAUGGCCAACACCUUUGCAUUGUUCAGGAUUUUCGACAAUGAGGCAUCCAUGAUUUUGAGCCAUGCCAAACAUGACAGCGGAAGUCAGCUCGGCAGGGUGUGA